GUUUGGUACUAUGUUAUUUCACAGGAGAAGAUGAGCCUGAAGUCUGAACGCCGAGGAAUUCAUGUGGAUCAGUCGGAGCUCCUGUGCAAGAAAGGAUGUGGUUACUACGGCAACUCUGCUUGGCAGGGCUUCUGCUCCAAGUGCUGGAGGGAGGAGUACCACAAAGCCAGGCAGAAGCAGAUUCAGGAGGACUGGGAACUGGCAGAGCGACUUCAGCGGGAAGAGGAAGAGGCCUUUGCCAGCAGUCAGAGCAGCCAGGGGGCCCAGUCUCUCACAUUUUCCAAGUUUGAAGAAAAGAAAACCAAUGAGAAGACCCGCAAAGUUACCACUGUGAAGAAGUUCUUCAGUGCUUCAUCCAGAGUUGGCUCAAAGAAGGAAAUCCAGGAAGCAAAAGCUCCCAGCCCUUCCAUAAACCGGCAAACCAGCAUUGAGACGGACAGAGUGUCUAAGGAGUUCAUAGAAUUUCUCAAGACGUACCACAAGAUAGGUCAAGAAAUCUAUAAGCAGACCAAGAUGUUUUUGGAAGCAAUGCAUUACAAAAGGGAACUAAGCAUUGAGGAACAGUCAGAAUUUACUCAGGAUUUUUACCAAAAUGUGGCUGAAAGAACACAGACUCGUGGAAAAGUGCCUCCAGAAAGAGUUGAGAAGAUAAUGGAUCAGAUUGAAAAGUACAUCAUGACUCGUCUCUAUAAACACGUGUUCUGUCCAGAAACUACUGAUGAUGAGAAGAAAGAUCUUGCUAUUCAGAAGAGGAUCAGAGCCCUGCACUGGGUCACACCACAGAUGCUUUGUGUCCCUGUUAAUGAAGAGAUUCCAGAAGUGUCUGACAUGGUGGUGAAAGCAAUCACAGAUAUCAUUGAGAUGGAUUCAAAGCGGGUACCUCGCGACAAGUUAGCCUGCAUCACCAAGUGCAGCAAGCACAUCUUCAAUGCCAUCAAGAUCACCAAGAACGAGCCGGCCUCUGCCGAUGACUUCCUGCCCACGCUCAUCUACAUCGUUUUGAAGGGCAACCCCCCUCGCCUCCAGUCCAACAUCCAGUACAUUACUCGCUUCUGCAACCCCAGCCGGCUGAUGACGGGAGAGGAUGGCUACUAUUUCACCAACCUGUGCUGUGCCGUGGCCUUCAUUGAAAAGCUAGAUGCCCAGUCUCUGAACCUGAGCCAGGAGGAUUUUGAUCGCUACAUGUCCGGCCAGACCUCUCCCCGAAAGCAGGAACCCGAGGCCUGGGCCCCAGACGCUUGCUUGGGUGUUAAGCAGAUGUACAAGAACUUGGAUCUCUUGUCUCAAUUGAAUGAGCGACAGGAAAGGAUCAUGAGUGAAGCCAAGAAACUGGAGAAAGACCUUAUAGACUGGACGGACGGGGUCACCAGAGAGGUCCAAGACAUUGUGGAGAGAUACCCACUUGAAAUCCCGCCCCCAGAUCAACCUUUCGCAGCUAUCGACUCGGAAAAUGUUGAAAACGAUAAGCUCCCUCCACCGCUGCAGCCUCAGGUCUAUGCAGGAUGA